UCCUUUCAUUCACCAUGGGUAUUAGUCGAGAUUCCAGGCAUAAGAGAAGUGCCACUGGUGCCAAGCGUGCUCAGUACAGAAAGAAGAGAAAGUUCGAGUUGGGUCGUCAGGCUGCCAACACCAAGCUUGGUCCCAAGCGUGUCCACGAAGUCCGCGUUCGUGGUGGCAACAAGAAGUACCGUGCUCUCCGCCUUGAUGCCGGUAACUUCUCCUGGGGUUCCCAGAACUGCACCCGCAAGACCCGUGUCUUGACCGUUGUGUACAAUGCUUCCAACAACGAGUUGGUCCGCACUAACACUCUCGUCAAGGGUGCUGUCAUCCAAGUUGAUGCUACUCCUUUCCGUCAAUGGUAUGAGGCUCACUACGCCAAGACCUUGGGCAAGAAGAAGGGUGGUGAAGCUGAAGCUGAGAAGAAGUCCAACCACGUUCAACGUAAGGUCGCUUCUCGCCAGGCUGAUGCCCAGGUUGACUCUCUCCUUGAUGAUCAAUUCGGUGCUGGUCGUCUUUAUGCUAAGAUCUCUUCCCGCCCCGGUCAAUCUGGCCGCUGCGACGGUUACAUCUUGGAAGGACAGGAACUUGAGUUCUACGUCCGCAAGCUUAAGGCUCGCAAGUAAACAACUCACACUUUCUGUCAAUUAUGUCAACAAUAAAAUCCUCGAAAGCUUUUGUACAUUUUUAAUAAUAUAACUCUGAUGUUGAAGAUCAAAUUGACUAAUAGUUAAUAUGCUCCAAUGGA